AUGCCUCCAAGCUCAAUCAGAAGAGCCCUUGGGGCAGUGAAGGAUCAAACAAGCAUAGGCCUAGCUAAGGUGGGAAGCAGCACCUCACUUGCUGACCUUGAUGUGGCCAUUGUGAAGGCAACAAGGCAUGAUGAGUACCCUUCUGAAGAGAAGUACAUUAGGGAGAUUCUAAGCCUAACAUGUUACUCAAGGGCAUUCAUCAGUGCAUGUGUUAAUACUCUCUCAAGGCGUCUCAGCAAGACAAAAAGCUGGACAGUGGCUUUAAAAACACUUGUUUUGAUUCAAAGGUUGCUUUUAGAUGGUGAUCCAGCAUACGAGCAAGAAAUAUUCUUUUCAACUCGACAAGGGACUCGCCUUCUCAACAUGUCUGAUUUUCGAGACAACUCAAAAUCUGGUUCAUGGGACUUCUCUGCAUUUGUGCGCACAUAUGCAUUGUAUCUAGAUGAAAGGCUUGAGUACAAGAUGCUAAGCCGGCGUGGAAGGCGUAGCAUGUAUGGUUUUGAUGAAGAUGAUGAGGAAAGGGAAAGAGAAAGAGAAAAAGAAGCGGGUAAAGAAAUCAUUCUAAGAUCCACACCAAUGCGUGACAUGAAGUCAGAGAAACUCUUUUCCAAAAUGCAGCAUCUGCAGUUGCUGCUUGAGCGCUUUCUAGCUUGCCGCCCCACAGGAGGGGCAAAGAACCAUCGAAUUGUGAUAGUGGCUCUCUACCCAAUUGUGAAGGAGAGUUUUCAUAUAUAUUAUGACAUAUCAGAAAUACUAGCUAUCUUAAUUGACAGAUUCCCAGACAUGGAGGUGUCAGAUUGUGUUAAGGUGUAUGACAUUUUUUGCCGUGUUGGAAAGCAAUUUGAUGAGCUAGAACACUUCUAUGCAUGGUCUAAGAGCAUUGGAGUUGCACGGUCUUCUGAGUACCCAGAGCUUGAAAAGGUAACUCCAAAGAAACUAGAGGUCAUGGAAGAGUUUAUCAAGGACAAGUCUGCCUUGGCACAAAACAACAAAGUUGAAGUAGAAGAGAAAAUUGAAGAAGAAACCGAGGAACCAGAACCGGAACAGGAACCAGAAGAGGAUAUGAAUGCAAUCAAAGCACUUCCACCACCAGAGGAAACCAAUGAGGAACCAGUUGAAGUAGUGAAAGAAGAGCCAAAGGAAGAAAAGGUAGUGCAAACGGAGGGUGAUUUGUUGAAUUUAGGUGAUGACAUGGUGACGAGUGAAGAACAUGGGGACAAACUAGCCUUGGCUUUGUUUGAUGGGGCAGCACCAGCAACAGGUGCAACACAAGCACUUCCAUGGCACGCAUUUGAUGAAGAAGCAGAUUGGGAAACAGCAUUGGUACAAUCAGCUAGCAACUUGUCGAACCAAAAGCCUGCAUUAGGUGGUGGGUUUGAUACAUUGUUGUUGGAUGGCAUGUAUAAACAAGCAGGAAUGAAUGUAACCAUGCAAGGACAAGGUUAUGGGGUGAGUGGAAGUGCAAGUAGUAUGGCACUUGGUUCAGCUGGAAGGCCUGCAAUGCUAGCAUUGCCAGCACCACCAACAUCAGGGAGUGAUUCCAAUUCAGGAAGUGUUGAUCCAUUUGCAGCUUCAUUGGCUGUGGCACCUCCUUCUUACGUGCAAAUGUCAGAGAUGGAGAAGAAACAAAGUUUAUUAGUUGAAGAACAGAUAAUGUGGCGGCAAUAUGCGAAGGAUGGCAUGCAAGGACAAGCUGCACUCGCUAAGCUACAACCAAAUAAUAAUAAUUCUAACAUGGGAGGAUAUCCACAGAACUAUGGUAAUUACUAUCGUUAA